GGCCUUGGAUUUAUCCUCCAAUCGGAGCGUCGGACAGGAGGAGCGCGCCGCGCGCACAGAGAGAGAGAGAGCUGCGACACUGCUGGCGAGGAGGAGACGCGACUACAUACGGCUCUGAGGAUGCAAUGAGACUCUGAGACUCUGAUCAGAACCAGGACACAAUGAUUCAGGCCGGACACGAGACCAGGAUGGACGGAGGCAGAGACAGAGACAGCGACAGCUCCGGCUCCCCGAGGCUCCUCCAGCACUGCGCGCAGCCUCCUCACAGCAGCAGCUCCAGCAGCAGCAGGACCAAAGAGGCCAGAUACCAGCAGCAGCUCCAGCAGCAGAGGCAUCAUGGAGGGUCGAUGCUCAAACAGCCAUCCCACAACGAGCCGGCCGACGUCGUGAGGCGGGCUCUGGACUUCAAGUGCCAGGGUACCCAGUGCUACAAGGAUAAGAAGUACCGAGAGGCCAUAGGCAAGUACCACCGCGCUCUGCUGGAGAUUAAGGGGCUGUGCAGGGUGCUGGGGGACCCGGACUCCAUCUCCAAGCCGUCCGCGUCCCCCCUCCUGCCCACCCUCAGCAAGUCCAGCACCCUGACAGACGAGCAGAAGGGGGCCAUGGAGAACGCAGAGCUGGAGUGUUACAACAGCUUGGCCGCCUGUUUGUUACAAAUGGAGCUGGUGAACUACGAGCGGGUGAAGGAGUACUGCCUCAAGGUGCUUCACAAGGAGGGGAAGAACUUCAAAGCUCUGUACCGGUCCGGCGUGGCUUAUUACCACCUAGGAGAGUUCCAGAAGGCGCUGUACUACCUGAAGGAGUCGCACAAACAGGAGCCGUCAGGUCAGGACUCCAUAGACACCAAUGUGAUCCGCUACAUCCAGCUGACAGAGAUGAAGAUUCGCCGUAAUGCCCAAAGGGAAAAGAAAGAAGCCACAUAAGCAGUCGCUGCGUGAUGACUUCUAACCUGUCGUAAAUUUUAGCCCUCAUGUGUGCCACCCAGACCUUACACAGACGAGUCACAGGUCUCGGUGUGAAGCGGUAGUUUUGUUUGCUUUUGCCUUGCACAGCAGCCAAUUACGUGAUGGAACUUCAUAAGUGUGUGCUUGAAGCAUUUUCACGAGUAAUUGUACUGUUCUUUGUUUUAAAACUGCCAAAUUUAUCUACUAUGAACCCUCCGAGAGUAUUUUUAAACAUAACAAACUGAUGCACUGCCAGUCCAAACACUGCACAUACAGGCCAACACUUGUGAUAAGAGACGGGACCAACAAGGUCCUCAGAGUGAAUCCAGCAUGUUUACCAGUGAAGCGCAACUGUAAUCUAGCAUGUACCCUCGCACAAGAUGUCCUUUGAAAGGCAAGGAAAUGAGUAACAACCACCUACACUUCUGUCGCCUCACUUUGGUUUUGAAAGUACAACAAAAGAUAAAGAUUUUUUUAUACUCUUGUUUUAUGUGAAGUGCUUUCAGGGAGAGAGAUUCAACAAAAAUGUGGAGGCGAGGACAUCAAGCUCACGUGGUUGCUAGUGUCAGUGUGAACUGAAGAGACAUAUCACAAAAUGUAAAUAGGCAACUUUAUAAAAAUCACAAAAAUAUUAUGGAGAGGCAAGUUGUUUGUGUGUAUUAAUGCCAAAACUAAGCACUUCAUUCACAGCCUUUUCUGUAUCAACAAAUACUGUAUGUUUCCUGUAAAGGUAUGCGUGUAAUAAAUGUGUCUAUUGAUUGAA